AUGUUGAAACUGAUCGGUUCUCUCGUGCUCCUUGCCUCCGCGGCCGAGGUCAUUGCCUCGCCCGUCGCCGAGCCAAUUAUCACCCCGUCCCCAACUCUGGCGAAACGGGCGACGACUUGCACGUUCUCCGGGUCCAAGGGGGCCUCCUCUGCGAGUGCCUCUCAGACAGCCUGCUCUACUAUCGUCUUGUCUAACAUCGCUGUGCCCUCUGGUACGACCUUGGAUCUCAGCAAGCUGGCAGAUGAUACCACAGUCAUCUUCGAGGGCGAGACAACCUGGGGCUACGAGGAGUGGUCGGGCCCCCUGCUGCAGAUCUCCGGUACAAACAUCAAAGUCGAGGGUGCGUCGGGUGCGUACCUGAACCCCGACGGCGCCCGCUGGUGGGACGGCGAGGGCAGCAACGGCGGCAAGACGAAGCCCAAGUUCUUCUACGCGCAUGAUCUCACCUCGUCGUCCAUCACCAAUCUCCACAUCCAGAACACGCCUGUCCAGGCGGUCAGCAUCAACGGAUGCGAUGGCCUGACCAUCACCGACAUGACGAUUGACAAUUCAGCCGGUGACAGUGCAGGCGGCCACAACACCGACGGAUUUGAUAUUGGCUCCAGCUCCAACGUCGUCAUUACAGGGGCGAACGUCUACAACCAGGACGACUGUGUCGCCGUCAAUUCCGGCACUGAUAUCACCUUCAGCGGUGGGGUCUGCUCCGGUGGCCAUGGGCUGUCGAUUGGCAGCGUUGGUGGCCGAUCCGAUAAUACCGUCGAUACCGUUACCUUUGAGAACUCUGAGGUCAAGAACUCGGCUAACGGUAUCCGCAUCAAGGCCACCGAAGGCGACACCGGUACAAUCACGGGAGUCACCUACUCAGGAAUCACCCUGAGCUCCAUCACCAAGUACGGUAUUCUCAUUGAACAGAACUACGACGGCGGCGAUCUCAAGGGCGACCCGACAUCCGGCAUCCCCAUCACCGACCUGGUCGUCGAGAACAUCAGUGGCUCAGGCGCAGUGUCGUCGAGCGGCUACAAUAUCGCCAUUGUCUGUGGCAGUGGGGCCUGCUCUAACUGGACCUGGAAGAGCGUCGCUGUGACCGGCGGCAAGACCUACGGCAGCUGCGAGAAUGUUCCCAGCGUUGCCUCUUGCUAG